AUGAGCGAGCUAAAGGAUUAUAUUGCACAGAUAGCAUCCAUAGCUAUGACGGUAUUGGUGAUGGUUUUCCAGAAUUGUAUAAUUCUAUUCAACUAUUCGUACCGAACAUACCCACAAUUUACAUUGAUGGUGAUGGGAAUUGUGGGAGCAUAUAUGGUAUAUCGAUUGGUGUUGAGAAUGAUACGGAUGUGGAUAGGGUUUUUGAUGGGAAUAAUAAAGGCCUUGUUGAUGCUAGUGUUUAUUUGUGUGUGUGGAGCAGUUUAUUUCAGAGGUUGGAGAUUUUUCACGCAAGACGUGCAUUUUAUCAAGCAGGCGAUCAUUGACUUGUACCACAACCACGAUGGAUCGCGGAAACACUAUACGAAGGGGUUUAAUGUGAUGAAUGGGUUCUUUGGGAUGUUUAAUGGGGGAGAUGCGCAAAAGGGCAAGUUCGGUCUGUCAAACGUGCUCGAGGACUACGGCAUUGAAAUUGACAAGUCGUACUUUGAUUACGUGGAAGACCACUUCCAUACGGGGGGAGACUUUGAUUUUGACAAGAUUGGUCAGUUUGUCAGCGAUAAUCUUGGAGAUUUAUUGGAAGGCGUUGAUAUGCAAGAAAUGAGCAACAAUAUCUUGGGAAGCUUUAUGAACCGGAAUUAA